UACGUUGUUUUCUUUAUCUCUCAAUCUCUUCCUUCAUUUUAAGCAGCCUAUAAUUCAAGAAAUUUGGGUGCUGUUUCACUUUUUUGAAACUUGUACGUACACUAAUUAGUUAAAGGUAAGCCAUGUUUAGAGCAAUGAGUACACGAAGGGACUAUAGAGGAUAUGGAGUAUUGAAUAAGGAAGAGAAGGAUGAGCCUUGUGCUCCCAUAUUGGGGAAGCCAAAAUUGAGCAGAAACAGAACAGUUCCAGCUGCUGCUAAAUUUUUUAGCUCUUCCUCCAAGAAGGUAACAGAUGAGGACAAUUUUCGUGCGAGUGCUCAGGUAAAGGAAGCUAAAAAAGCGAGCAAGAUUCACCCGAUAUUCAGUCUAUUCGAAACGAAGAGGAAGAAAAAGGCAACUGCUAGGCCUGAAUUCUCAAGGUACAUUCAGUAUGUUAGAGAGGGAGGUUUUGGAGAUGUUUUGCAGACGAGUACUUCCUCCAAAUCCAACUUGGCUGCAGUAAAUUAGUGACAUAAAAUAUGUUUUUAAGUUAAUUUGGAUUUUGUGGUACAGAAGAUCAUAGAUUAUAUUUUAUAAAUAGUUCACUACGUGUGGUUUUACGGCACUAAACAAUUUGGAAUUGACGAGCCUAAUAUUCAAUUGCAAUUGUAAUGAAGUGUGUAUAUAUACGUAAUAAUAUUUAAAUUAAAUUAGAGACA